AGUACGGGGGGGUUUCGGACGCAGCUCAUGUGCUGCUCGCGCUGCUGACGUGUUUUGUGUGCGACGGGUCCUGCGCUUCACUGGUAGCGGCACCAUGGCGGAUAAAGCGCAGAUUCAGGAGGCCAUUAAAGCGCAGGGAGAGGUGGUCAGGAAGCUCAAGGCGGACAAAGCCAGCAAAGAACAGAUUGAUGAGGAAGUUGCCAAACUUUUGGAGCUGAAGGCACAGAUUGGGGGCGAUGAUGGCAAACACACAUUUGUUCUCAAAACCGCCAAGGGGACCAGGGACUACAACCCCAAACAGAUGGCUAUCAGGGAGAAAGUCUUCAACACCAUAGUCAGCUGCUUUAAACGCCAUGGUGCUGAAACCAUCGACACCCCAGUCUUUGAGCUCAAGGAAACAUUGACAGGAAAGUAUGGCGAGGACUCCAAACUCAUCUAUGAUCUGAAGGACCAGGGAGGAGAGCUGCUGUCUUUGAGAUAUGACCUAACUGUUCCUUUCGCCCGUUACUUGGCCAUGAACAAAAUUACAAAUAUCAAACGUUACCACAUCGCUAAAGUGUACCGCAGAGACAACCCUGCCAUGACCCGAGGCCGCUACAGAGAGUUUUACCAGUGUGAUUUUGACAUUGCAGGUCAGUAUGACCCCAUGAUCCCUGAUGCAGAGUGUCUGAAAAUCGUAUAUGAGAUCCUGAGUGAACUGGACUUGGGAGACUUCCGCAUCAAGGUGAAUGACAGACGUAUCCUGGAUGGAAUGUUUGCGGUGUGCGGAGUUCCAGGUGAGAAGUUCCGCACCAUCUGCUCAACCGUGGACAAACUGGACAAGAUGUUGUGGGAGGAUGUGAAGAAUGAGAUGGUAAAAGAAAAAGGCCUUUCUGAGGAAGUGGCUGAUCAGAUUGGAGAGUACGUCAGCAUGCAGGGUGGGAUGGACCUGGCCGAGAGGCUGCUUCAGGACCCGAAGCUUUCUCAGAGCAAGCAGGCCUGUGCUGGCCUCACUGACAUGAAACAGCUCUUCAGCUACCUGCAGCUCUUCCAGAUCACAGACAAGGUGGUGUUCGAUCUGAGUCUGGCGCGUGGAUUAGAUUAUUACACUGGUGUGAUCUAUGAAGCUGUGCUGUGUCAGACAGUUCAGGCCCCCACCCCAGCACCCGCAGAGCAGAACGGAGCGGUGUCCGGGGAGGAGGGAGGCGUCAGUGUGGGCAGUGUGGCCGGUGGAGGACGAUACGAUGGCCUUGUGGGCAUGUUCGACCCCAAGGGCAGGAAAGUGCCCUGCGUGGGGGUCAGCAUCGGUAUUGAAAGAAUCUUCUCUAUAAUGGAGCAGAAAGCAGAGCUGUCAGCAGAAAAGGUUCGCACCACAGAAACGCAAGUUCUGGUGGCCUCCGCACAGAAGAACCUUCUGGAAGAGAGACUCCGACUGACGGCUGAGCUGUGGAACGCAGGAAUUAAGGCUGAAUUGUUGUAUAAGAAGAAUCCGAAGCUACUGACUCAGCUGCAGCACUGUGAGGAGACUGGCAUCCCCCUGGUGGCAAUUUUGGGGGAGCAGGAGCUCAAAGACGGAGUCGUCAAACUGCGCAACGUGGCCACCAGAGAGGAGGUGGACGUGUCCAGAGCAGAACUGGUUGAAGAGAUCAAGAAAAGGACCUCAGAGUCUUAGACCUGUUUACCAUACACCAAUAAUCCCUCAGCACACCUCAUACUCAGACUUUCUCAUUGCUUACGUAAACCAGAUAAGGAAUAUUCUAGCUUUUGUUUCAUUCUCAGUCUGUCAUCUGCCUGUAUGAAAAUAAACUUGUCAGAUACUUUAAAAUAAAUGUGCUGUUCCAUCACAGA